AUGUUUUAUCUGCGCAGUUGGAUUGCGCGUGAAGUGUUCCCUAUCGAGCCGCUUGCAGGGUGCUUUGGUCCCAUGCCACGGGCCAUGCAUGGAUCGCCAAGGUAUAAUUUAUUGCAAUUGCAUGCACCAAAGCGGUACAAGGACCGUCCAGGCGGCCUCGACGUCCACCCCGCACCUUCGGUGAAGGUGUCAGAAGGUCAGGAAUGGACGGUCAAGUCCUUCUUCGCCGCACAGGACCUCUCACUACUCGACUCAUUUUAUGGUCGAAUGAAGAUCCACGAAGUAAGAGGAUGGUGUGUCGCUACUGCUGGCCAAAGAAGUACCCUGACGGAUCCCAAUUGA